GUUGUUACAUGUUGCUACAGGAGACUCCUGUAACUCAUAAAGACAGUGAUUUGCACUCUUUCACUAAAGUUCUGAAUCUUUCUUUCAUCCGCGCCGACAGGAAGUGACCUGCCAUAUGUGCCACAGAGAACAUCUGCAUCCCUCCAGAUGGGGACUUUGCAUCAUGCACCUUCUUCUCAUUCACUUCUAUUCAUCUCCUCAUUUCCCGGAGCAGUCUCAUAUGACGUCCACAGCCCCUCCCUGCGCAUCAUUCCGUCUCUCCGUUCUCUCUCCAGCUGCUCCUUUCUCUGCUGCUAAACACACAUAUGGUUCACACACACACACACACACACACACACACGUGGAUCACGUCAAGCUUUUAGCCAAGCCUUCUCAGCUCUUACGCGCAGACACACCCUCACACACGUCGCUCGCCCCCACACCUCCCCUCCUGUCUCGCAGUCAGUGUGCAGCGGCAGCAGCGGAGGGUGGAGGACGCGCUGAACACAGUCACGGAGGCUUCUGGCGCACAGCCGAGCCGUCAUGAGCCGCUCAGCGGAAGUGGACGCCGCUGCGGAGGAGGAGGAGGCUGAAUAGAAGAGAGAGAGGGACUGUGUUCUAAUUAAAUGUCUCACGCUCUCCGUGUGCAUCAUGCUGUAUUUCCAGCUGGUGAUCAUGGCCGGGACCGUCAUGUUGGCCUACUACUUCGAAUACACCGACACCUUCAACGUGCACGUGCAGGGCUUCUUCUGCUACGACACCACGUACACCAAACCGUACCUGGGGCCGGAGGACAGCAGCGCCGUCCCACCCGUGCUGCUGUACGCCGCGGUGGCCGGGCUGCCCACGCUGCUGAUCACAGUGACAGAGACUGUGCUCUUUCUGGUCCAGUACACGUCCAAAGAGUUUGACCGUUUAGAGAAGACGGUGGCCACCGGAGACUGCUGUUACCUCAACCCGCUGGUGCGCAGGACAUUCCGCUUCCUCGGAGUCUACACCUUUGGCCUCUUCACUGUUGACAUCUUUGUCAACGCAGGGCAGGUAGUGACAGGGAACCUGGCACCGUACUUCCUGACUGUUUGUAAGCCAAACUACACAGCACUGGGUUGCCAGCAGGCCCUGCGCUACAUCAGCCACCAGGAGGCCUGCACAGGAAACCAGGACGACAUCCUACGUGCCCGCAAGACUUUCCCGUCCAAAGAGGCUGCGCUUAGUGUCUAUGCUGCACUCUACCUAGCUAUGUAUGUGACGUGUACCGUGCAGGCAAAAGGCACUCGUCUGGCUAAGCCAGUGUUGUCUCUCGGGCUAAUGUGUCUGGCCUUCCUCACUGGUUUGAACCGUGUGGCUGAAUACCGCAACCACUGGUCAGAUGUCAUCGCUGGCUUUAUCAUUGGCACUGCCAUUGCCACUUUCCUGGUGGUGUGUGUGGUCCAUAACUUCAAAGGGAAGUUACUACUGAGCGAGGAGUCACUAGUGGAGCAGCAGCCCAAUACAGCCAUGUUAAACAUAGGCCAAGUGGAGAGUCCUCUGGAGAAGUACAUCACCUCACAGAAUCACAUCGGCUUCGCUGAGGUCACAUGAUGUGGAAUCGGCCGUGUGGCAGACCCACUGGACGUCCACACUCUUCACCGUUCAAUCCAAUUAUUAAGAGUGCAGCGCUAAACCCAUUCUUAGUGUGUGUCUGGUCUGUGGUAUGUUGUUCUUUGUUGUCUUUAUCAGGCCCCUGUUUUCACUCGCAAUUUCUUGUACUCAAAGAAAAAAGGUUUCUUCUGCUUCCAUCUAUGCACUUAUUCUGAAUCCUUGUUGGACUCUCGCCUCCCAAAUGAAGCUAUGUUGUGAGUCAAGCAGACUGGGAGACUAGAUGAUCAUGUGAAGGACUGGACUGGAUGCAACAUCAGUGCUGCUCAAGUCAAAUACAUUAUUAUUUUAUAUGUGAAAUAGUAUUUUUCCAAUAAGAUGGUUAUAAGGAAAAACUGGAAGUUGACUGAGUGUCAAAACUCUCUCUUUCUAUAUUUUAUUACUUCCAUUUGUUGUAUCACAUUUCUAACAUUAGCAAUGCUGUGAGUAUCAGAAUGUAACUACUGAGCCUGUAUUUAUCAAAUUAAUCACAGUGAAAUUUCAGCUUAAAUCAGUGAUAAAAAAUAAACAGGGUAAAGAGGAAAGGUACACUUUACCAAUUCUGAUUGGAUAAACUCAGUUUCUGAGUAUUUGUUGCUGAAAGACAGAAAGAGCAGCAGUGGUAGACUAGAAUGAUUGACAGAUGCAGCAAAAAACUGCUAACAUAGCCCCCCACAGUGUCUAAAAAGCAGGGUCAUGGUGUGUGGGGGAUGUUCUCUCGUGCUACUUUGCAACAUCUGGGAAGUCCAAAGCUUUGUUGGACUAGAAAUGAAAAUUCUCAGAACUUUGAUAAAUACAGGCUGAAGUCAAAGAAGCAAAUAAGGAAAACUGAAGUGUUUUUCAUCAUGUCUGACUUCUCCAGCCAUCUCACUAAGGGUUUAGGGUACAACAGUCUAUGUGUGUACACAGUAUACAGUCAGCUGCAACCAAUGACAACAAUAUACACUCCGACUAUACUUUGGUAAAAGUAUUUAGGCUUUCUUAGCUGCACCAGACAAUCACCCCUCCCUCUGUUUUUGUUUUGUGUCUCUUUGCCUUCGACUUCUAGGCUGCUGCUUUGACUUUCUCCUAUAAAAGUUUGUGAUAUAGUUUUCAAACCUGCCCUCAACACUUGAAAGGUGCCCAGGAGCUGAUAUACAAAGCAGAAGAGUUCCAUAAAUGACUAUUGUGAUGAGCAAACUAAAUUUUAAGUGAUUAUUGUAGACAUGCCCAUACUUCGAAAGUUCACAAGUUUUUCUUUGUUUCUUGUAAUUGUAACCAAAUUUAUUACGGUGACUGCAUUUAUUUCAUAGCAAAGUCAGCCACCAAAGCAAAAGCAACAUGUAAUUACAGCCAAGAUCGGAUAAGUAGAAGAAAAUGGAUGGUAAUGAUUGAUCAUUAAGUAGUAAAUAUUUGGCAUUUAGGUUUAAUGAAUGGCGUACAUCUGCAUUAACUGCUGACAUCAGAAAAAGACUGUCACAUGAAAUUUUUGAUAAAAGCAUACUUAAAAUGAUAAAAUAUCUAAAGAUAUCUGUUUUCCUUAACACUACUUAAAAUAGAUCAGAAAUCGCCACUAAUCUUGCCCCACUUCUGUAGUAUUGUAGAUUAGCGUUGUAUCCAAGUCCCAUUUUUCAUCUGUGUUGUCAUUGUGGUGUUAUUUGUAUUGGGACUCAUUCUUCUUUGUAGCAAAAUCAUUUUGGUCUUUCUUUGGGAUUAAAACACACUGAAAAUCUUUUGGCCCUUCAAAUCUCUAUUUUUGUAGUGACAACUGAAGCACUUAUUGAUGAAGACUGCAAAUAAGAACAUUCACAAAACAGCACUUUAAAUCAAGCUAUAACUUCCCUCAUUGCUAAUGAAAUGGCCACAAAUUUCAUAACUGCUUGAAAAAAAAUCACACAGAAUAUUUGAGAUUUUAAGGAACAAAACCUGCUCAAAUGUGUAUCAGAAGAGCUGCAACACUAUCUCAGUAUGCCAAAAGAUUGAUUCUGUUCAUCUGGACAUUUUCAGUGGGAGAAACGUUUCGUCACUCAUCCAGGUGACUUCUUCAGUCUCAGCUGACUGCAGGUUUCCCCAAUCUUAUAAACAGUA